AUGUCCGCACCUACUAUCACUAGAAUCAAUCCUACUUCCGGCCCUACUACCGGUGGCACGACGGUAAUUAUUUUUGGCACAAACCUUGCCAGCCCCUCGGCAGUUACGUUUGGUGGCACUCCUGCCACCAUUAACUCGAGCAGCGCAACAUCGAUCUCUGUCACAAACCCAGCAAAUUCUGCUGGCGCAGCCCGGGUUCUUGUAACCACUUCAGGUGGUACCACUACUCAACCAGUGAACUUCACUUAUACCACUAUCGCCGCUCCCGCUAUUACUUCUAUUUCUCCAACAAGCGGGCCAGCAUCUGGUGGGAACACGAUUACGAUCAGCGGCACAAAUCUCCUCUAUACUACUGGUGUCACAUUCGGUUCUACUCCUGCCAGCAGCUUCGCUGUCCUUUCCGCUACUCAAGUUGCUGCGGUCGUUCCAGCAGGUACGGCAGGAGCCACAACGGUCAGUGUGACCAAUGCAGCCGGUACCAGUGGCACUCUACCAUACACCUAUAAUGGGGUAGCCGAUCCUAUCCCCACCAGUGUGAGCCCUGAUAACGGCCCUGCUGCUGGCGGAAAUACUGCUGUCAUCAGCGGCACUGGCUUCACGAACGCCACGGCUGUGGCGUUUGGCUCAACUGCAGCCACUUCAUUCACUGUGGCCUCCAGCACAGUGAUCAACGCGGUUGUUCCACCGGGUAGCGGCGCCGUCUCUGUUAAUGUCACCGGACCUGGCGGUACUAGUAGUGGUGGCCCUACCUAUACAUAUACAGCCGCUCCAACUCCUACCAUCACAGGGCUUACUCCAGCAGCGUCCGGGCCGGUAUCGGGUGGGAACACUGUCACCGUCAGUGGCACGAAUCUUAAUAGUGCCACAGCAGUUACGUUCGCUGGCAAUGCAGCCAGUUCUUUCACUGUCCUAUCGCCCACUACUAUAAACGUUGUCACUCCACCAGGUACUGCUGGGACUACCCCUGUAGUAGUCACAACUCCUGCUGGUGCUAGCCCAGGAUUUAAUUAUACUUAUAUCGCAGCACCCGCACCUAUAGAAGUAUUUCCCACUACAGGCGUUACGGCUGGAGGCGACAGUGUCGCUAUCACCGGCACUGGUUUUACAGGGACUACCAGUGUGAAAUUCGGAACUACUCCCGCGACUAGCAUUUCAGUUAUUGAUGAUGGUGAUAUAACUGCUGUCAUACCCGCACAUCUUGCUGGCACAGUUCCAAUCAACAUUACCACCCCAGGCGGUACAGACAGCUCACUUAGCUUUAGCUUCCAGCCGUCACCAGUUAUUAGUUCCAUCACUCCAACUGCUGGGCCGACUAUAGGGGGUACCGCAGUGACCAUCACUGGGGCAGGCUUGAUUGAUACCCUUGAUGUGUACUUUGGGGCAACUGAAGCAACAGCCUUUACAGUUAACUCUGAUAACUCAGUAACCGCCACCUCCCCUGCUGAAGUAGCCGGGGCUAGCGCUGUAACAGUUAAUACUACUGCUGCCACCAGCAACGGCGCCAUAUUCCAAUAUGUGGCCGCGCCGACUCUUACCAGCUUGUCGCCUACUGGUGGAGCCAUUGCUGGUGGCAAUAAUGUGACUCUUACUGGAACGGGUUUCACAACAGCCACUGAUAUAUUCUUUGGAGCCAACCCAGCUGCGUUCACUAUUCUUAGUGACAGCUCAAUCAGUGCAGUUGCACCUUCCGGCACUGGAGCUGUUUCAGUCACUGCUGUAAGCCCUGGAGGGGCUAGUGGUACUCAGACGUAUACAUACUCUUAA